UAUUGAAGAGAGGAGAAGAGAGGAGAGGAGCAACAGACUCUACCAUGCCAGUGCAGGGAGAAAGGCUGAAGCGCUGUCUCUCUCUCUGCCUCUGGAGCCGGAGUCCUCUGCUGUUGCUUGGACUGUUCUCUCUUCACGCACAAGCACACGGCAAUAUAUUGGACAAUAUGCUGCUGAGAUCUUCCAGUAAGGAGUCAGUGGAAAGUGGGAAGGAGACUAGUGGCAGCACAGCUCCUGCUUCGUCCUCCCAACGACUACUGUGGUGUCACUGUUAUCACCACUGCCCCGAAGAUUCAACAAAUAAUACAUGCAGGACUGAUGGCUACUGUUUCACAAUGGUGGAGGAGGAGGGAGGGGUACCGGUCCAGACUGCAGGAUGCCUCGGGCUCCGAGGAUCAGAAUUUCAGUGUAGGGAGACCGGAAACUCUCGUCAAAGGAGAUCACUGGAGUGCUGCACCGACCAAGAUUAUUGUAACAAAAACCUGCAUCCGACACUGCCACCACUCAAACCACCUCUCUAUGUAGAUGGAAAGAUCCACCACAUGGCCUUGUUGAUCUCAGUCACUGUGUGCAGCAUUAUACUGGCUGCCAUUAUUGUCUUCUGCUACUUCAGGUAUAAGCGACAGGAGUCUCGUCCUCGGUACAGUAUUGGUCUGGAGCAGGAUGAGACCUACAUCCCCCCUGGAGAAUCUCUGAGGGACCUGAUAGAGCAGUCACAGAGCUCUGGCUCAGGCUCAGGGCUCCCUCUAUUGGUGCAGCGAACAAUAGCCAAGCAGAUCCAGAUGGUGAAGCAGAUAGGCAAGGGGAGGUAUGGCGAGGUGUGGAUGGGCAGAUGGAGGGGAGAAAAAGUGGCUGUCAAAGUGUUCUUCACCACUGAGGAGGCUAGUUGGUUCAGAGAGACUGAGAUUUACCAGACCGUCCUAAUGAGACAUGAGAACAUACUGGGUUUCAUAGCUGCUGACAUUAAAGGAACUGGCUCCUGGACCCAACUCUACCUAAUCACGGACUACCAUGAAAAUGGCUCUUUGUAUGACUACCUCAAAUCAACCACUCUAGACAAUAAAGCCAUGCUGCGGCUGGCCUACUCCUCUGUGUCAGGCCUUUGUCAUCUCCACACCGAGAUCUUUGGCACCCAGGGCAAACCUGCCAUUGCUCACAGGGAUCUGAAGAGUAAGAACAUACUGGUGAAAAGAAAUGGGACCUGCUGUAUAGCUGACCUAGGACUGGCAGUCAAGUUUAUCAGUGACACCAAUGAGGUAGACAUCCCUCCCAACACUAGAGUCGGUACAAAGCGCUACAUGCCUCCAGAGGUUCUGGACGAGACUCUGAACAGAAGUCAUUUUCAGUCGUACAUCAUGGCUGACAUGUACAGCUUUGGGCUCAUUCUCUGGGAGAUUGCUCGCCGUUGUGUUUCAGGAGGGAUUCUUGAAGAGUACCAGUUGCCGUACCAUGAGUCAGUUCCUACAGACCCUUCAUAUGAAGACAUGAGAGAGGUGGUCUGCAUCAAGAGACUACGACCAUCCUUUCCUAAUCGAUGGACCAGCGAUGAGUGUUUGAGACAGAUGGGGAAGCUAAUGACAGAAUGCUGGGCCCACAACCCGGCCUCCCGCCUCACAGCCCUACGGGUCAAAAAGACACUUGCCAAGAUGUCAGAAUCGCAGGACAUCAAGCUGUGAGCCGGCACUGCCAGGUGUGUGUUAACACACAUAGAAAGGGCACUAGCAAUCACACUGGCUCUGGUCCAGGCCACACAAUCCUUUUUCCUGGGAACAGGAGGUGGGACAGGAAGCAAGAUCACCACUUGAAGAUCGCAGAAUCACACACUUUGAGUCCAGAUGCCCAGAACUCUACAAUCAAGUCCCCCUUGAAAAAAUGUAUUUCAGGACUCCGAUGGUUAUAUAACUAUAACUACAAUUAAUCAAAAACAAUCUGGCCCAGUGUUGCCCUGUUCUGCCCUUUAUAAAAGAUGAGACAUUUUCAUUUCAAACUAACUCAAGUUCCUGUUCACAUGCUCCAAAAGCCCUGGAGAAAGAGAUUGAGUUUAACUUGGCACUGUAGCUGCAAAAAUACGCAAACAAGCUACUGAUCAGUGAGUGGAAUACUAUAUCACUGCUUUCUGUGAAAGCUACCCUACCUGUAGAUGAAGGUCUGAUUGAUAGAACAAAAAGGACGUGCUUUAAAGCAACCUGUUAUUGCAGCAUGACACCUCCUAUCAAAACACUGUCAACCCACUACUGCCUUUAUGUUGUACAGUAAUUGGAUUGAAAACACUUUUGUCACUCUUAGAUUGACUUAUUUUGGUUACAAUGACUGACACUAUGUGGCAGAAAAAAAGGGUACUUUUGAGGCUUUAAAAGCGAUUUUACGCCUGUUACGUUUGAAGACACUGAAUAUAAGAUACAUCUGUAUUUUUGAGUUGUUAAAGGAUAUAAAAGUUGAAAAAGCUUAUUUUCCAUGUAAAACUCAAACUCUUUGUGAAAAAUAAAGUUUAUAUGUCCAAAUAAAUUCUGGAUUGAGGCUCUACAUGCCUCUGUGUUUCCUUGCCCUGUGUCAGGGGAGGGGGCUUUACAGUAGUGGAGCGAUUGAAGCGGAACGAUAUCACCCUUAGGUGCUUCGCAGCAACAACAGGAAGGCCAUGCCAAUCAGAAACUGUUGCACACUAACUGUAGUGCUGACUUCUUGCUUGAUGAUGUAGUGAUUUAUUGUAAAUGUGUGGAAUUGUGCCUGUAUUAGUUUAGGGGUAUCACAAGUUGUUUGUCACGGGGGACUGCCAUCAUUCAGACACUCGCAAUAAUACAGAGUGGCUCCCAUAAAUAGGCUGAUGAUGGAUGUGUGUGUUUUAGGCAACUGAACCAGAAGCCUUCACUUAAGAUGCAACAGUCAUACACACAAUAUUGUUGAAAAAGAGACUGGGCCUAGAAUCACCAUAGCCAUGAUCAAACUGGCACCAGAAUUACCCAGUGGACAUCACCACCUCCUGACCACCAGGCUGCCUCAUACAUGUAAAUUAAAGUACAUGUUGAACUGAUUCGCCAUAAUAAACAAUUUGCAGCUGUCACACUGAAAUCAAAUGGCGAUUGUCAUUAAACAAAUCCAUUAUCUGGCUUCUAUCAGGAGAGUUUCUCCACUGAUUUAAAUUCUCACAUGGUAGCAGUCAAGUAUUAGAAAGCUUUUACAGUACUGUCUCAGUAUAAAAUGGCUCCCAAGGUACAUCUUGAACCUUUUAUCAACACAGUUAGCAGACUGUUAGGUCUUUCAGAGUGUUCUGCCAUCACAUUAAAUCAUUCUUUGCUUUUUUAGUCCAUUUGUUAAAUCCUUGAUGAACUUUGCUUCAGGUCAAUGAGUUAUGUUUUUUAUGUCUGCCAACUAAAAUAUUGGAAGGCUCUAUCACUGUCAAAGGUGUGACAGAUUUUUUGUGUUAUACAUGCCCUCUCUUUCCUUUUUGGUGUUGUGCCUUAUUUAAUCUGUACCUACUGUAGUUGUCUGUGAAAGAAAGUGGUGUUUUAAUUCAGUUAAAAGGAUGAACAUUCCCCCUAAUAAAGUGUUUCA